AAAAACAUACCAAAGAGAACCAUUUCUAUUCAUCCAGUGAUUCUGACUCUGAAGAUGAUGAACCCAGGAGGUUCCAUGUAGAAAUAAAACCUGUCCAGCCAAAUAAUAGCUCUCAAUAUACCAUGCCUUCCUUGGAUGAAUUAAAAGUAUCUAUAGGGAACAUCACUCUUUCUCCAGCAAUAUCUCAGAGACACAGUCCUGCACAAAUGAAUCAAAAUUCAUCCAGUGAAGAGGUAACAAAAUCAAAGCUUUCUGCUCCAACUAAUGAAAAGGGGAACAAUGACCUCCUGGCAUGGGAUCCACUCUUCAGCAGUUCUCUUGAAUCUUCCUCUUCAGCUUCCUUGGCAUCCUCAUCAUCCUCAGCAAGACCCACAACUCCUCUUUCUGUAGGCACCAUUGUACCCCCUCCAAGGCCAGCUUCAAGACCAAAGCUGUCUACCGGGAAACUUAGUGGGAUUAAUGAAAUACCUAGACCAUUCAGCCCUCCAUUGACCUCUAACUCAAGUCCACCUCCUGCAGCUCCGUUGGCACGUGCAGAGAGCAUUUCCUCAAUAUCCUCUUCUGCUUCCCUCAGUGCAGCAAACACACCUACAGUUGGUGUUUCUCGUGGUCCCAGCCCUGUCAGCCUUGGAAACCAGGACACCUUGCCUGUUGCAGUAGCCCUUACUGAAUCUGUUAACGCCUACUUUAAAGGAGCAGAUCCCACAAAAUGUAUUGUGAAGAUUACUGGUGAUAUGACAGUAUCAUUCCCAAGUGGAAUUAUUAAAGUCUUCACCAGCAACCCAUCUCCAGCUGUGCUCUGCUUCAGGGUGAAAAACACAAGCAAACUAGAGCAGAUUCUUCCAAAUGCACAACUUGUAUACAGUGAUCAGUCACAAAGUGACACCAGUACUAAGGAUUUUUGGAUGAACAUGCAAGCUGUAACUGUCUACCUCAAGAAAUUAUCAGAGCAGAAUCCAGCUGCAUCCUAUUACAAUGUGGAUGUUUUAAAGUAUCAGGUAUCUUCAAAUGGCAUCCAGUCCACUCCCUUGAAUCUUGCAACUUACUGGAAAUGUAAUGCUAGCACUACUGAUGUGAGAGUGGAUUAUAAAUACAAUCCAGAGUCUAUGAAUGUGCCUAGUAUGCUGUCUAAUGUCCAGGUUGUGGUACCAGUAGAUGGAGGAGUAAUGAACAUGCAGUCGCUCCCACCUGCAAAAUGGAAUGCAGACCAGAUGAAAGCAUAUUGGAAAAUAUCUAGCAUUUCGGAGAAGUCUGAGAAUGGAGGUUCUGGAUCCCUCAGGGCAAAAUUUGAACUUUCGGAAGGACCCAGUAAACCAGCAACACUUGCAGUGCAAUUCAUUAGUGAAGGAAGCACCCUUUCAGGAGUAGACGUAGAGCUCGUAGGCGCUGGCUAUCGGCUUUCCCUCCUUAAGAAGAGAUUUGCCACUGGACGGUAUAUGGCAGACUGCUGAUGAACCUGUGAAAGUCUUUGGAUCAAAGGAAUGCAAGAAGCUCACUCUGCCCUUUCUACUUUUCAAACACUAUUUUAACAUGCAUUAAUUUUUUCAAAAUGUUGACCUACUUUGAGGUUGAACUACAAAACAGAAAAUGCACUUUUGAAAGUCAUUUUGCAAACUUUUUAUUACUUUAUAAUAGCACUGAAGUUAACUUCAACACUGUCUGUAAAUGAUCAAUUGCAAUAUUGGGGAAAAUUUGUUGAAAUUUUAGUAAAUUUAUAUAGAUGAAGUCAAAAUAGUAAUCUGUAGUUGUAAUGAAAGUAUGAAAUUGUAUGUUAUACUGUAAACAUUAAACCUAAAAAUGUAGGAGAGCGAGUAAGAAAUAUUUGAGCUUUCCAUAAGUAAUAUUCAUUUUUCAGAUUCUUUAAUUGCCAAUUUUUAAAGAAAGCAGAGGCAAAGUCUCAUGUAGUUCUUCUAUCCACUCAUGCCACAAAACCAGCUGAGUUAGAGAUGUAUAAAAGAAAUUUAACUUG